CCACGGAACCAGAAGGCACUCAGUGCGAGGUAGGGAUUUAGAGAGGAAAUUGGCAGAAAAGAUGAGUGACGCUGGAGGAUGUCGGUGGUGGGUGAUUAGAGAAUGGGACCUUUGAGUGAAGGAGCUUUGAGAGGUGAGAAUUAUGGGAACAGGCUCAGCGAGGGACGUUAGAGUUGGAGUUAGGAGCUUAGGGUCCCAAGGUAGUGAAGAGUGGGUGGGCAUGUGUACCUUCUACUGGGAAGGCUGGGGUUUUCGAUGAAGGCAGCUAGGGCUGCCUGUUGCAGUAAGUUUGUUUAUGUAUAAGCUGGGGUAAUGGAGGCAUUGCAGUGGUGUGACGAUUUAGUGACAUAAAGACUACUUAGAAUGGUGCCUGGCACACAAUACUUCCCACCAUGAGUUGCUGUCAUCGGUUUUAAGAGGAAGUAGAAGAGAAAAUGAAAAAUUAUGGUGACAGUAAGGGUUUGGCCCCUCCACCAGAGGAAGAUGCUUCUGCUCCUUGUCUCUUUCUCCUGAACUCCAGGUUUUUCUGCCACAUUGCUCCAUGGAGGACACACCCCUCUCAUUCAGCUGCUCUGACUGUCAGCGCCACUUUCCUAACCUCCCAGAACUGUCACGGCACCGAGAGCUGCUCCAUCCAUCUCCAAACCAGGACAGUGAAGAAGCUGAUAGUGUCCCUCAUCAGCCCUAUGGGCGUGGCUCCCAUAACCCAGGGAGCUUGAUCAACUACCACCAAACCCACAAGGCUGGUCUUUUCCCCUGUACUACCUGUGGCAAGGACUUUGCUAAUUCCAUGGCUCUUAAGAAUCAUGUGAGGAGUCAUGUUCCUGAGGGCCACCACAGGCACAGGCCCCCACCCCUCAAGGAAACCACUCCACACCUUCAGAGUGAGACAGUGUCUACUGAUUCUUGGAGUCAGAGGCUUGGCCCUGGGGAAGGCUGGGAAAAUCAAACAAAGCAUGUAAAAGAGACACAUGAAUGUGAGUCUAGAGCUAAUCCCAGGGCAGCUCCAGGUACUUGGGAAGAUCUACCCACCAAACAGAGAGAAGGCUUGGAAAGCCAGCCAGAUCCUGAGGAAAACACAGAGGGUUGGGGGUCUGUUUCUAAUUCUGCCAGAACCCCACCUUUCCAUACUCCAGCAAACAGCCUCCUUAGCAAUUUGGAACAGUAUUUAGCUGAAUCAGUGGUGAACUUUACAGGGGCCCAGGAGUCCACCCAGCCCCUUCCUCCUGAGAAGGAGCGAAAGUACAAGUGCAGCCAAUGUGGCAAGACGUACAAGCAUGCUGGGAGCCUCACCAACCAUCGCCAGAGCCACACCCUUGGUAUCUACCCUUGUGCCAUCUGUUUUAAGGAGUUCUCCAACCUCAUGGCUCUAAAGAAUCACUCCCGACUCCAUGCCCAAUAUCGGCCUUACCACUGUCCCCACUGCCCCCGUGCCUUCCGGCUUCCUCGGGAUCUGUUGGAACACCAGCAGUCCCAUGAGGUGGAAAAGCAGGAGCAGCCCCUGGAAGAGAAAGAGCUGCCCACCACGAAUGGGCACACAGAUGAGAGGAGUUGGGAGCAGCUACCUAAAACACAGAUGUUGAAUGGCUCCGGGGAGCUCAGCGCUUCUGGAGAGUUGGCAGAUGGUGGCCUAGAGGAGUAUCGACCUUUCUGUUGUGGAGACUGUGGUCGAACUUACCGGCAUGCAGGUAGCCUGAUCAACCAUCGAAAGAGCCACCAGACAGGUAUCUACCCCUGUUCAAUUUGUUCCAAGCAGCUGUUCAAUGCAGCUGCUCUGAAAAACCAUGUUCGUGCUCAUCAUAGACCCCGGCAGGGCGCUGGGGAAGGUGGACAAUCAUCAGCGCCCCCAGCUAUCCUGAUGUUGGCUGAGACCACCUACAAAGAGGAAGAGGUCCCCAUUACCACCCUGGACCAUCGUCCCUAUAAGUGCAAUGAGUGUGGUCGGGCUUACCGCCACAGGGGAAGCCUGGUGAACCACCGCCACAGCCAUCAGACAGGAGAAUAUCAAUGCUCACUCUGUCCUCGCAAGUACCCCAACCUUAUGGCUCUGCGCAACCAUGUACGGGUACAUUGUAAGACUUCCCGCCGAAGUACAGACCCAGGGACUGAGGGUUCCCCCUGCCAUUUCAAGAGGGAACUCCUGUCUAACCCAGUGGGAACAGAAAGAGCACUUCACUCAGAUCAGGGGCAUGUGCACAAACAUGAAGAGGCCGCCACUAUCCCCCCUGUAGCAGGUAGGACAGUGCCACAGAUGUGUAGCAUCUGUGGGAUGUCCUUUGAAGAUCCUGAGAGUCUUGAACAUCAUAGCAUGACCCACAGGGCUGGGGAAGAAGAAAAUAGCAAGACAGAGACCACAGUGUCACCACCUAGAGCAUUUGCCUGUCAAGACUGUGGAAAAAGCUAUCGCCACUCAGGCAGCCUUAUCAACCAUAGGCAGACCCACCAGACAGGGGACUUCAGUUGUGGAACCUGUGCCAAGCAUUUCCACACCAUGGCUGCUAUGAAGAGCCAUUUGCGACGUCACAGCCGGCGGUGGAACAGGCGGCAUCGGAAACAAAUCAGUAGUGCUGGUAGAGAAGAAGCCAAACUCCAACCUGUGGGAACCUUGGCUCCAAAGCUGGACAGCAAUGAGGACCUGGACUCUUCUGAAGACCCUUUAGGAGAAAGUCCUUGUAGGUCUGAAGACAACUUAGAACGUGAUGGAGACUGUUUGCAAGCUGAAUCUGAAGGCAAUGAAUGUGGGUGUGAGAGGGAUGAAACCUGUUUCCUGGGUGAUAAAGAGAGCAGAAGCACUGAGGAAGGACUAGAAAAGAAGGAAGCCUGUUUCCUUGAUAACUUGGACAUCCCAGGGGAUGAGGAAAGUAGUGAGACUCACUUUUGUGAUAGCCUCCCUGCAGUAGAAGGCAACCAGAUGCCUGCUGCUUGCCAACCCAGCUCCUCUUCCCAGCCCGCUGAUACUGACGGUGCCUGGAAGGCUGAAGUCACUCACACAUGUUCUGAUUGUGGGCAUUCUUUCCCCCAUGCCACCGACCUGCUGAGCCAUAGGUCCUGCCACCCCCCAGGCAUCUAUCAGUGUUCUCUCUGUCCAAAGGAGUUUGACUCUCUGCCUGCCCUACGCAGUCACUUCCAGAACCACAGGCCAGGGGAAGUGGCCUCUGCACAGCCUUUCCUCUGCUGCCUGUGUGGUAUGAUCUUUCCUGGGCGGACUGGCUACAGGCUUCACCUGCGCCAGGCUCACAACACUUCUGGCAUGACUGAGGGCUCAGAGGAGGAAGGGGAAGAGGAAGGCACAACAGAAGCAGCUUCCACCCGCAGUCCUCCUCUGCAGCUCUCAGAAGCAGAGCUGCUGAAUCAACUGCAGAGGGAGGUGGAGGCUCUAGAUGGAACAGGUUAUGGGCACAUUUGUGGCUGCUGUGGUCAAACCUACGAUGACCUAGGAAGCCUAGAGCGUCACCACCAAAGUCAGAGUUCCAACAGUACCACAGAGAGGGCUCCUAGCCACUUGGAAGAAUCAGGUGAUACCAUAGAAAUCGUUGCAGAUCAUGUCUUUGAGGGCACUAUGACUUCUGUCUCAGAAGAGGGUGGUGACACUGAGUCUGAAGUGAGAGUAGUUGGCACAGUUGCAGAUGGCCUUUGCAUGCAGGUUGGUGAAAGAUUCCUAGAGUCCCACCCCCGCCCUUUUCGAUGUAACCAGUGUGGCAAGACCUAUCGCCAUGGAGGCAGCCUGGUGAACCACCGCAAGAUCCAUCAGACUGGAGACUUCAUCUGCCCUGUCUGUUCCCGCUGCUACCCCAACCUGGCUGCCUACCGGAAUCAUCUGCGGAACCACCCUCACUGCAAAGGCUCAGAGCCCCAAGUGGGGCCCAUCCCAGAGGCAGGAAGCAUCAGUGAGCCCCAGAAUGUGGUAGAGACAGGGUUGGAGCAGGCAGAAGUAGGGCAACUCCAGGGAAAACUUAAAGUGGAGCCCUUGGACGAGGUGGCAAGGGUAAAAGAAGAGAUGUGGGAGGAGACCACUGUGAAGGAGGAGGAAGUGGAGCAGAAGUUGGAGACAGCAGAGAAAGGCUGUCAGACUGAGGCCAGUGCUGAGCGCCCCUUCAGCUGUGAGGUAUGUGGCCGCACCUACAAGCACGCUGGCAGCCUCAUCAAUCACCGGCAGAGCCACCAGACUGGCCACUUUGGCUGCCAGGCCUGUUCCAAGGGCUUCUCGAACCUCAUGUCCCUUAAGAACCACCGUCGAAUCCAUGCAGAUCCUAGGCGUUUCUGCUGUGGUGAAUGUGGGAAAGCCUUUCGCUUGAGGAAGCAGCUGGCUAACCACCAGCGGGUCCAUACUGAGCGACAGAGGGCUGGGGGCACCCAGAAGCUGCUUCAGGAAGAUCGGACCUUCCGGUGUGGGCAAUGUGGCCGGACCUACCACCAUGCCAGCAGCCUCCUGAACCACCGAUGCAGCCAGGAGGUAGGCCAAUACACCUGCCCCUCCUGUCCUAAGACAUAUUCCAACCGUGUGGCCCUGAAGGACCAUCAGAGGCUGCAUUCUGAUAGUCACCGGCGAGCAGGACGGUCUCGGAGGGGAGCUGUACGCUGUGCCCUCUGUGGCCGUGGCUUUCCUGGCCGGGGAGCUCUGGAGCGGCAUCUGCGGGAGCAUAAGGAAACAAAAUUGGAGCUGGCCAGUAGCCAGGGAUGCCCACUUGGUACAGAGGGCAGUGAGGGGAACCUUGCUGAUGAGUGGGCACUGAAGGGCAGAUCAGGUGGUACUGAGUCAAUACCACAGCUAGAGCAGGAAGCCACAACGCCUGGGGAGCAUAGUCAGAGCCCCAGCAGGACAUCAGGUUCAGAAGCCACAGAGUCUAUAUCAUGGAAGGUGGGAAAGGUAGAUGAGUGGCAAGGAAAGAGGGGACCAGAGAAUCAUAAUGGUGGCUGGGUUCCUCAGGGUCAGGUAUUAACCAAGCCAGAAGACAGGAUUGAAGACACUGUCCCUAGUAACCCUUGUCACCUCGCUGAUAGCCAGUCCAGUGGCCCUAGCCUGAGUUACAUGGAUAGCUGGGAUGGAGACAGCAGUUCUCAGCUCCAACUAGAGAGCCACUCCUAUUGCUGCAGCCAUUCUGGCAAGACCUGCCAACCUGAUGCCCUUUUGAACCCCAGCAUUCGUAAGACAGACUGCCACUGUUGCCUGCUCUGCUCCAAGGAGUGCUUGAAUUCUAUAACCUCUAAGAACCACAAUCACAUAGCUGCUCAGACUUUUGCUUGCCCUAAGUGUAGCAAGUCUUUCCAGUCCCGCCCCGAACUGGCCAUGCACCUGAAGGCUCAUGCUGGCGACUUUAGUCAGGUAUCGGGUCAGACAGAGGAGGCCAGAGAUCCCCAAGAUAGGACUGGUGAGAACAUAGUGAGUCUCCUUGGUCCAGGGAAAGCUCAGGAGGCCCCAUCAGAACCUCCCAGAGAUCCAGAAGAGAAAGACAAGCUAGCUAGUGGAGGACAAGGGAUAAGUUUCACAGCAGCUGAAGACCAGGAACGGCCCUUUUGCUGUGCUCAGUGUGGGCGUUCCUACCGCCAUGCUGGUAGCCUGCUGAACCACCAGAAGGCCCACACCACUGGACUCUACCCUUGCUCCCUCUGCCCCAAACUUCUACCAAACCUACUGUCUCUUAAAAACCAUAGCAGGACCCACACGGACCCCAAGCGGUACUGCUGCAGCAUCUGUGGCAAGGCUUUCCGGACAGCUGCCCGGUUGCAAGGCCAUGGACGGGUCCAUGCUCCCCAGGAGGGGCCUUUCACCUGUCCCCAUUGUCCCCGCCACUUCCGCCACCGAGUCAGCUUCCUGCAGCACCAACAGCAACACCAGGAGGAGUGGACAGUGGCUAGUGCUGGAGCACUAACGCCGCCAGCAACAAGCAGAGGGGACUCAUCAUCGCCCCUUCCACCCACUCCCACAACCUCACUCCUGGAUCCUUCACCCCAGUGGCCUGCAGACCUCAACUUCUCUCUCUGAGCUUCAAGUCUCCAAAGAUCAGUACAUUGGAGUGUGGGACGCAGGCAGGGAGGGGCUUGAUCUCCACAUUUCACUCAGGAGUUGCUUGGGCAUCCCCAUCUCCUCUCCCAGGAAGAAAACCCUAAUCUGGCUUCUUUUUCAAGAAGGGGAUAAGGGAAUCCUCAUGUCAUGUCCAUAAAGGAUCUCCUUCCCCAGCCUUUUCACCAUGUUCUUCCAGGGCCGGGCUUUGCUGAGAUGCUGGGCCAAGCUGCAAGGCCAGAUUCCAACCCCAGGGAGAGGCAGAUUUGGAGAGUGCCACAGGUGGGAAACUUGCCUGUGGAAGGGGAGCCUUUUGCUACAAUUUGUAACUUAUUUUCUAAAAUCUAUUUUGUAACAGUUUAUUUAAGUUUUAAAAAAGGAAAAUUGCUCCCCCCCACAAGAAAUUUUUUUUUUCUCAACCGGUGAGAAAUUUUUUUUUUCUCAGACAGCUGGUGUGAUUGUAUCUGAAAGAUAGGUAGUGUUGGGGACACUGUGUUGGAGAGCAGAGCUAAGUGGGCGCGUACACAUGUUGCAUCCCUGUCCUGUAGGACAGAUGGUGGGGGCAGGUGCUAGCCCUGGGCAGGCUCAUUCCCAGCCAGCUCUUAGACCUGCCCCAGGACUGGGAACCACAAAACAAGGAGGGGAAGAGCGCCCCAAUGCCAGGAAGGGCGUUGAUAGGGGUGUUGGCGUAGGCAUUGCCUGGCUUUUCUGGUGUCCUGUGAGUAAACUAGAGUCCGCCAAUCAA